GCGUACUUCCAAAAAAACAUGAAAUAGAUGAGAGAGGCCAAGGAGCGAAGCAAGAAGGGGCGCGCGAGUUCGUUUGGGACGUUCUCAGGGCCGAUUUCUCUCUCUGGAAGCUUCUGGCCUCGAAGCUUCUGGCUCGUUCUCGGCCGCACUCUCUCGCCCUCUUCUUCCCCACGGUCGUUAGCAGCGAUGGCGUCGUUAUCUUACUGGAUAAGACCGGAGGUAUAUCCUCUGUUUGCUGCAGUCGGUGCUGCUGUCGGUCUAUGCGGCUUUCAUUUGACGCGAAUGGCCACCUCCUCGCCGGAUGUGAGAGUAACAAAAGAGUCGAGGGCUGCGGGAGUUCUCGAGAAUUUUGAGGAAGGAAGAUCAUACAAGUACCACCCCUUGCGCGAGCUCGUCAAGAACGUCAAGCCAGAGAUUAUGCCCGUGCUGAAUCAGAGAAUGACUACUGCAUAAAGUGUGGAAGAUGGGGGGGGGGGGGGGGGGGGGAGGGGAUUGUUGUGAAGAAGAGUCGAAGGAAACUAAAUUAUGUACAUAGUGAUGUGUAACUCGAUUGUUUUCUAAGUGUGAGGGAGCAGAAGGUGUGCAGUGGACAAUUGACUUGUGCUCAGUUGACACCGUCGUACUCUAUUGGUAGUAGCCAAUCUGCAAGUUACUUCGCAAUCAUUGCUUUUUUUUUCUGUUUAGGGUUAUCAAUUGGGUUAGUUCGAUUGUGAAUUGAA